AUGUAUCGCCUUCUCGUGAAAGGACUGAAACAAGUUGUUCAAAUUGUCGAUGAUGACGUCACUGAAUUUCUUGUUGGCGAAGAAAUGAACAAUAUUAAGAUUCUCAAUGAUGAUUCCGAGUCUCUAUCGAUUCUUGUCGAUUCGAAUGGAAAGCUUUCAUAUAUUGGAGAGUUUAAUGGAGUGAAGAAACGACUAAAAGAAGAAGGAAUUGAUAUGGAGAAGCUGAAAGUGAUCGAUUCGAAAGGAGGAAUUGCGAUUCCUGGAUUCGUUGAUGGGCACUCUCAUCCUGUUUUCGCAGGGGAUAGAGUUCAUGAAUUCGCCAUGAAAUUGGCUGGUGCCACGUAUAUGGAGAUUUCGAAGAAAAUGCUUCGUAGCGGAACGACAACUCUCGAAGCGAAGAGUGGAUAUGGUCUGAAUGUAGACGCGGAAAUGAAGAUGCUUCGUGUUCUUUCAACUGAAAAUCCAUCGAUCCCUCUGGAAGUUUCUGCGACGUUUUGUGGAGCUCACGCAGUGCCGAAAGGUUCUACAGAAGCGGAACAGACUCGUAUGAUUUGUGACGAGUUGAUUCCGAAAAUCGAGGCGGAAAAGAGAAAUGGAGGACUGAGAAAUGUGGAGAAUAUUGAUGUUUUCUGUGAGAAAGGGGUGUUUGAAGUGGAGUCGAGCCAGAAAAUUCUGAAACGUGGACAAGAAGCUGGAAUGGCUGUGAACUUUCACGCUGAAGAGUUGAAAUAUAUUGGAGGAGUUGAGAUGGGAGCCAAGAUUGGGGUUAGUUUCAUUCAUUUUUUGUAA